AUCCUCCAGCCUCGCGCCGUCACCGGGAGCUGGAUCAGCAGGAUCAGGACAAUAGCAUCCACCACUGCGUCGACGCAUAUUCCGACAUUUCUCUUUGUGCAAACGGACAAAUCGUGAACAUAACGGCGCUGCUGGACACCGGGAGGACGGUAUGGGGGAGCACGCGGCGUUUCUGCUGUUACUCGCGGCGACCUUGACGCUUUCAUCCGAGGUGCCAGAUGAUGACUCGGUGGGUUUGCUGACCGAGCCCCAGGUGGCCAUGUUCUGCGGGAAGCUCAACAUGCACAUCAAUGUGCAGAGCGGCAAAUGGGAGUCCGACCCUUCUGGUACCAAGAGCUGCAUUGGCACCAAGGAGGGCAUCCUGCAGUACUGCCAGGAGGUGUACCCAGAGCUGCAGAUUACAAAUGUUGUGGAGGCCAACCAGCCUGUCAGUAUCUCCAACUGGUGCAGGAAGGACCGCAGGCAAUGCCGCAGUCAUGCACAUAUUGUGGUGCCACACCGCUGUCUGGUAGGAGAGUUUGUGAGUGACGCCCUGCUCGUUCCCGACAAGUGUAAGUUUCUGCACCAGGAGCAUAUGGAUCAAUGCGAGAGCCACCUGUACUGGCACACUGUAGCCAAAGAGUACUGCGGAGACCGCUCCAUGAAUCUCCAUGACUACGGGAUGCUGCUGCCAUGUGGUAUAGACCGUUUUCGAGGGGUGGAGUUUGUGUGCUGCCCGGCCUGGGCUGAACGGGAGUCAGACAGCGCACAGCUUCAGGGGGAGGAAUCCGAUGUGUGGUGGGGCGGAGCUGAGAGCGAAUACUCUGAUAACAGCAUGACCCGCCCAACGGACAUACAGCUGGCCGCCAGGGAGGAUGACGAGGAUGUGGACGAAGAGGUGGAAACGUUUGAAAGGGAUGACAACGGGGAUGGAGAAGAAGAUGACGAGGAAGUCGAUAUGACGGAUGACCGAGAUGGCGAUGAGCCCAACGCUAACAUCGCCAUGACAACAACGACAACCACCACCACUGAGUCAGUUGAAGAGGUCGUUAGAGCGGUUUGUUGGGCUAGUGCUGAGUCAGGCCCAUGUCACGCCAUGCUGGAGCGUUGGUACUUCAUGCCUGAGACGGGCUGCUGCGCCCCCUUCUUGUUUGGGGGCUGUGGGGGCAACAGGAAUAACUUUGAGUCGGAGGAGUACUGCCUCGCUGUCUGCAGCAGCUCGUUACCAACAAUGGCCCCCAGUCCUCCAGACGCUGUGGAUCGCUACCUGGAAUCACCCGGUGACGACAGCGAACACACAGACUUCCAGAAGGCCAAAGAAAGCCUGGAAGCCAAACACCGUGAAAAGAUGUCCCAGGUUAUGAAGGAGUGGGAGGAGGCUGAGAGGCAGGCCAAGAAUCUGCCUCGUGCAGACAAGAAAGCAGUCAUCCAGCACUUCCAGAUAAAGGUGGAGGCUUUGGAGCAGGAGGCAGCGGGGGAGAGGCAGCAGCUGGUGGAAACCCACAUGGCCCGGGUGGAAGCUCUGCUGAACAGCCGCCGACGCCGGGCUCUCGAAAAUUACCUAAGCGCCCUGCAGGCCAAUCCUCCACGGUCCCGUCAAGUUUUGAGCCUGCUGAAAAAGUACAUCCGCGCAGAGCAGAAGGACAGGCAGCACACGCUGAAGCAUUAUGAGCACGUCCGCACAGUCGAUCCCAAGAAGGCUGCUCAGAUCCGCCCUCAGGUGUUGACUCAUCUUCGUGUCAUUGAUGAGAGGAUGAAUCAGUCGUUGGGUCUGCUCUACAAGGUGCCAAGUGUGGCAAAUGAGAUCCAAAACCAAGUCGCAAUUAUAAUGCAGCGAGUUCAGGCGGAGCUGUUCCAGCAAGUCUCUUCACUGCAGAGCGAUGGUCGGAUGGAUGGCAGGGUGAGUUAUGGCAACGACGCUCUGAUGCCUGAUCAGGCCUACAGCUCGGCUCCUAUGGACCCUGGCCUGGAUGGGCUGGGGUUCAUUCACCCUGAGAGCUUCAAUCAGCCCAACACAGAGAACCAUGUUGAACCCGUCGAUGCUCGUCCAAUUCCAGACAGAGGACUCCCCACACGGCCUGUGUCUGCCCUGAAGCCGGAGGAGAUGCCAGAAGUGCGGAUGGACACUGAAGAGAGGCAGAGUGCUGGAUAUGAAGUUUAUCAUGAAAAACUGGUGUUUUUCGCUAAUGACGCUGGAUCCAAUAAAGGCGCCAUUAUCGGGCUGAUGGUUGGUGGGGUGGUCAUAGCAACAGUCAUUGUCAUUACCUUGGUGAUGCUGAGGAAGAAACAGUACACUUCAAUUCACCACGGCGUGAUCGAGGUGGAUGCAGCUGUGACGCCAGAGGAGCGUCACCUGGCCAAGAUGCAGCAGAACGGCUACGAGAAUCCCACCUACAAAUUCUUCGAGCAGAUGCAGAACUAAAGAGCUGCACAACAACAUUUCCCCCACAGUGUCAGGUUGCGCUCUGUUCCAUUCAGCUCCUUUGCCCUCAGCCCCAGCACCUUCAGCGCCCUGUUCAGGAGGUGAAGGGUGCGAGGAUGACUGCAUAGCCUGGUUUGUGUCUUUGAAAGUAAGGAAAGGAGACCUUUUUGUCAGGGGUUUGGGCCAAAGAAAACUGAUAUGAAACAAAGCCUCCUUAAAUCCCUUGAUUGUACAGAGCUAAGCAUUACCCAGCAGCCCAGUUAGACAAAGGUACCCUGUUACACCUGCACAUUUCAGUCAGCCCCUGGAGUUCUCAUAGCAUUUGUACUGGAAAACCCCUCGUCGACUGUUUAUACGACAUCACGGCAGUAAGACACCCACAGCCGAAACUUGUAAUUUACCAAUUACUCCCUCACUGCUCCUCAAACCGGUCCGACGAGAGCUCUCAGAGCAACCCGUCGCACGAAUAGUGUUUCAGGUUUAUUUUUCAAAAAAUGAGAAAAAAAAUGAAGAAAAAAAUACAUAAAUAUAUACAAUCAAAAAUAUGUAAAAGCAGGAAAAACAUUUUUUUUAAACGUGUAAUAUAUUAAGACAGAGAUUAGCUGUAAGUAUAUGUAGUGCAUGGCAAUAUUGAUGACUGAUUAAAAGUAUACUGUAUGUGAAGGUCCUCAGGACGAGGAGGGGAAGGGGGGGGGGGUCCUCUCCCUAGAUAUUUUAGAAGGAUUGUACAUUUCUGGCGUCUUCUUUGUGACAUGAAGAAAAAAACGAGUAUUCAGAAUCCGGUCUGCUUUGUCGUCACAGACUUGCUUUAACUGAAUCUUGGCUCUUUAUUGCUCAUCUCCAUGCUUCACUGUUGUGUUAGCUGCAUGGGCAGAAAAAAAAGCUCUAUGUAUGUAAUAUAUGAAGUGUAAUAGUAUCCGAAAGGAAGAUGAUUGUGUUACUUGUUUGCGUUCUAUGCACUCUUGUCAUUUUUGGGAGUUUUGAUUAUUGCCACCAAAUAUUGCUGUUACAGUCUCUGAUGCCAACUGUCGCUGCACUUUGGAUUUUUCUUAGAAAGAGGCUCGAGGUUCAAACCUUUUAAGAUGGAAAGUUUUUAUGAAAGCCUAUCAUUCCACUGUCUUUGCUGUAAAUAAUUCAGAUGACGACACCUUCCUUCACUUCCAUUCCCACUUCCAGUCAUUUCUUUCCCAACCCCCCCAUCCCUCAUGUUUAUCCUCUCCUUCUUGCUGUGUCAGCAAUAUUGUACAUUGCGGCACUUUGGGACGUCGUAUGUGAGCAUUUCAUAAAUAGGACUGUUUGGGCGUGGGGAAAUCAGACAUUUUCUCCUCUCUGGACACAUUCCUCCACCAAAUGUCACAUUCUAUUUUUCUACAUCACCAAUGUAUACGUGUACAGCGCUUCUGUUUGUCCUGUGCUCAAUAUUUCAGCUCCUGUCGAAUCUGUAACUUAUUAGGAGGAAACAUGGCCCUCUCUCUAAAUUAUUAACCAUGAAUGUGACAUAUUGUGCAUUUCUAUGAGAAAUACAACACAUAUCGCCUGCACAUUGCACCCACAUGUGGAUAGACACUGACUGAAGCUCUUAAUCAGGCAAAUUUUUCAAUUUGUAUUGAUGCUCACUCUGGGUAUCUUUGGAGCCUAGUGAUGAAACAAACUCUUUGUCCCUCUGCUCAUUGAUUCAGUGACCUUUCUCUGUGUGUAGUUAAAUGAACAAUUUGCUUAGAAAAAGCUUUCUACACUCACUAUACCAUCAAUAAAAUUUUGAAUGUACAUAGAA